AUGGCAGAAAGUGGAAUCUCUUUGGGGGGUGUCGAAUCGGCGCUCGACGACAUCAGCAGCUUCGCAAAUAUGAGCAAUCAAGGCGAGGCCCUUGAGGAGAAGGACCCAGUGUCCCUCUCCGGCAUGGUAUCGACCUUGGUACCCGUCGCCAUCACCGCCGGCGUCUACUUCCUCAUCUUCAUCAUUCUGCGCCGAAGCAACAGGCGAUACUAUGCCCCUCGCUCUUAUAUCGGCAGUCUUCGCGAGAAUGAGCGCACGCCUGCACUGCCAGGUGGCUACCUAAACUGGAUCGGCCGCUUCUGGAAGAUACCCGACAGCCUGGCUCUCCAGACCCAGUCAUUGGACUCUUACCUGUAUCUGCGAUUUAUCCGCAUGACUGUUGUUAUCUGUUUCGUGGGAUGCUGCAUCACCUGGCCUGUCCUUUUCCCCGUCAACAUUACCGGUGGUGGUGGCCAGAAGCAGCUCGACAUUCUUUCUUAUGCGAACAUCAACCCUAACACCCAGGGCAACCGCUACUAUGCGCACACAUUUGUCGCAUGGGUGUACUACGGCUUCGUCAUGUACUUGAUCUUCCGUGAAUGUGUAUACUACAUUAAUCUCCGCCAGGCUUUCCUCAUCAGCCCCUUCUACGCCAAUCGCGUGUCCUCGAGGACUGUUCUGUUCACCUCGGUUCCCGACAAUUACUUGGAGGAGAGGACAUUGCGCAAGAUCUUCGGAAAUUCAGUCAAGCACAUCUGGAUCAACAGCGACAUCAAGGAAAUCGAGAAGCUGGUCGAGGAGCGAGACAAGGUGGCCUUUAAAUUGGAAAAGGCCGAGGUCAAGCUCAUCAAGCUCGCCAACAAAGAGCGUAUCAAGACCUCCAAGGGCGCACCGGCGGACAGUGCUCACCCUCCGCUGGAUGCCGAGUCUGGCAGCGUUGCUAGCAGAUGGGUCCCUCAAAAGAAGCGGCCCACGCAUCGCACCGGACCUCUGGGCUUGAUCGGCAAGAAGGUGGACACCAUCGACUGGUGUCGCUCCGAGCUUGCCAGGCUUAUCCCCGAGGCAGAGGCUGCUCAGGCCCGAUAUCUUUCUGGCGGUAACAAGAAGAUCCCCGCCGUGUUCAUCGAGUUCAAGAGCCAGGCCGAAGCUGAGACGGCUUACCAAGUCCUCGCGCACCACACGGGCCUCACCAUGGCCCCAUCCUACAUUGGCAUCACCCCAAAGGACGUUGUCUGGAGCUCUCUGUCCAUUUCUUGGUGGCAAAAGCUUGUCCGACGGUAUGCUGUCAUUGGCUUCAUCACCGCAAUGAUCAUAUUCUGGGCCAUCCCCGUGGGCGUCGUCGGUAUCAUCAGCAACGUGAACUACCUCAAGGAAAUUUCCUUCCUGACAUGGCUCAAGCAAAUCCCGGACAUCAUCAUGGGUGUGGUCACUGGCCUCCUCCCUUCUGUCGCACUCGCAAUCCUGAUGUCGCUGGUUCCCGUGGUCAUGAGACUCUGUGCGAAGCUGUCGGGAGAGCCCUCCUUCUCGCGCAUCGAGCUUUUCACACAAAACUCGUAUUUCGCUUUCCAGGUCAUACAGGUUUUCUUGAUCACCACCGUCACCUCAUCUGCGUCGGCAGUGGCAAAGCAGAUCCAGGAAAACCCAACAGCUGUUACAACGAUUUUGGCAAACAGUCUUCCCAAGUCGACCAACUUUUACAUCUCCUACUUCAUUGUCCAGGGGCUUACCAUUGCCUCGAGCGUCAUUUCCCAAGUCGUUGGCUUCGUCAUCUUCAACAUCCUCUACAGAUACCUUGCCGGCACUCCUCGCGCCCUCUACACAAUGAUUGCGAUCACAUACGCGGCAAUUGCGCCUCUGAUCCUAGGGUGGGCAACUAUCGGAAUGGCCUUGUUCUACUUUGCUUGGCGAUACAACGUUCUAUUCGUCACGGACACCCAGAUCGACACACGAGGCCUCAUCUACCCUCGAGCACUGAAGCAGCUUUUCACUGGAAUCUACCUGAGCGAGCUCUGCUUGAUUGGUCUUUUUGCUGCCUCCGUGGCCAUCGGGCCCCUGGUGCUCAUGAUCGCCUUCCUUGUCUUCACAGUCCUCUUCAACCUCAGCCUCAACAAUGCUCUGGACCCACUUCUGUAUAAUCUUCCACAGAGUCUAAUGGCCGAGGAAGAGCAACGGCGUGUAGGCUUGGAAGCGACGGUCAGUGACGAGAAAGCCGUUGCGAACGGCACAGGCUAUACAACACAUUCUCCGGGUGGCCAGCCAAAGAAGGGCAACUUCAUCAUCAGGUUCCUCAAGCCCUGGGUCUACGCUGACUACUUCACACUGCGUUCGUACCUGCCUGAACGCGAAAUCAACUUCGGCGUGACGGACAAGUUGGAGGCAGAGGCAUACUUGCCGCAUGUUGUUACGUCACAGCCACCGCUGCUCUGGAUCCCGCGUGACCAGGCUGGUGUUUCAGCGCAAGAAGUCGCGCAUACGGGCAAGGUGAUCCCGAUCACGGACGAGGGCUGCGAGCUGAACGAAAAGAACAAGCUCGUGUGGGAUCAGGACGGCGCAAGGCCGCCUGUUUGGGAGGAGAAAGUCAUAUACUGA